AGCGAUAACCGUCGAACGUACUGAAGUCGGAGUUUACGUCUGCGUUUUCAGAGUGCGACUGUUUGUGUGUGUGAGCAUUGUUUGGGCUACGGUUACGGUACGGUACUCACACCCCCGCAAACCGGUUCGCUGGUGGUGGUUCUAACGUUUUACGCGCUUUGGCUGUGUGCGAGCGUGAAUUGUGAAUACGCCAAAUAAAGUUAAAUAAAAUGCAAAGGCAAUAAAUAAUACAAGCGGCGAAUUGUAAAAAGCAGAGCACAGCGCCAAAAAGGCAAGCGUGCGUGUGUGUGAGUGUUUGUUGUGCAGCAGUUGUUGUGCAGAGUCGCCACCCCAGUGGAUUAGUGGCACCCUGUUACAAGUUGCUCACACUACCUAGUGCUAGUGAGUGUUUCGUGCAUAAACAUUAACGGCAUCAAUUCAGCAAUACAUCAAUUCAAACGCAGCUGAGUCACCGGGCGUCUACAGCCAACUAACCGCGAGUGUGUUCAUAUAUAUAUAUAUAAAGGGUGUUUUGUGCUUUCCGCAUAAAAUCGAUACAACCCCAAGCAGGAAAACUCAUAACCCAGACGAGACUACAGAAGCGGCCUAAACGAUGCCCAACGAUUGCCACAAAUGGCUAACGCUGUUCGCAGCUGUUGCUCUACUUGCCAACAUUGGCAGCACUUUGGCUGCCAAUCCACCGGAUGCUGACCAAAAGGGACCAGUCUUUCUCAAGGAACCGACUAACCGCAUUGACUUCUCUAACUCCACUGGCGCCGAAAUUGAAUGCAAAUCUAGCGGCAAUCCCAUGCCAGAAAUCAUUUGGGUACGCAGCGAUGGCACCGCCGUGGGAGAUGUGCCCGGCCUGCGUCAGAUCUCAUCCGAUGGCAAACUGGUCUUCCCGCCCUUCCGCGCCGAGGACUAUCGUCAGGAAGUUCAUGCCCAGGUUUACGCCUGCCUGGCCCGCAAUCAGUUCGGCUCAAUCAUAUCUCGGGAUGUGCAUGUGCGCGCAGUUGUGCCGCAAUCUUACAGCGUCAAUGUCAUGGAUGAGUCCAUUCUGCGCGGAAAUAGCGCCAUUCUUAAAUGUCAUAUACCCAGUUUUGUUGCCGACUUUAUUGUGGUCGAUUCGUGGGUGGAGGACGAGGAGCGUGAGAUAUAUCCGCAGGCCGAUGUCACAGCUAGCGACGGCAAAUAUCUGGUGCUGCCCUCCGGUGAGCUACACAUUCGUGAAGUUGGACCUGAAGAUGGAUACAAGAGCUAUCAGUGCCGCACCAAGCAUCGUCUGACUGGAGAGACGCGUCUCAGUGCGACCAAAGGACGUUUGGUUAUUACAGAGCCAAUUGGCAGCGUUGCGCCUCGAGUGAAUCGCAAGGAUGAAUUCAAUCAUGAUCGCAUAAGCACAGCUCAAGCUAUUGCUAUACAAUGUCCGGCACAGUCUUAUCCUGUGCCUGCCUAUAGAUGGUAUAAAUUCAUUGAGGGAACCACUCGUAAGCAGGCUGUGGUGCUGAACGAUCGCGUCAAACAGGUUUCGGGCACACUCAUCAUCAAGGACGCUGUCGUCGAGGAUUCGGGCAAAUAUUUGUGUGUCGUCAACAAUUCCGUGGGUGGCGAGAGCGUCGAGACUGUGCUCACUGUGACCGCGCCUCUGUCAGCCAAAAUUGAUCCACCCACUCAGACCAUCGACUUCGGGCGCCCCGCUGUGUUCACCUGCCAGUACACCGGCAACCCGAUCAAGACUGUCAGCUGGAUGAAAGACGGCAAGGCCAUGGGCCACAGCGAUCCCGUGCUGCGCAUCGAAUCAGUUAAGAAGGAGGACAAGGGCAUGUAUCAAUGUUUUGUGCGCAACGAUCAAGAGUCUGCAGAGGCCAGCGCCGAGCUGAAGCUUGGUGGCCGUUUCGACCCACCCGUCAUACGCCAGGCCUUCCAGGAGGAGACCAUGGAACCCGGACCAAGUGUAUUCCUGAAGUGCGUAGCUGGCGGCAAUCCCACACCCGAAAUCUCCUGGGAACUGGAUGGCAAGAAGAUCGCGAACAACGACCGCUACCAAGUGGGCCAAUACGUAACAGUCAACGGCGAUGUCGUCUCCUACUUGAAUAUUACCUCCGUGCAUGCCAACGAUGGCGGCCUGUACAAGUGCAUAGCUAAAUCGAAAGUGGGCGUGGCCGAGCAUUCGGCUAAACUUAAUGUCUACGGCCUGCCCUAUAUCCGUCAAAUGGAGAAGAAGGCAAUCGUCGCUGGUGAAACUCUAAUGGUCACUUGCCCUGUAGCUGGUUAUCCCAUCGAUUCUAUCGUGUGGGAGCGUGAUAAUCGCCCACUGCCCAUCAAUCGCAAGCAGAAAGUCUUCCCCAAUGGCACACUGAUCAUUGAGAACGUGGAGCGCAAUUCGGAUCAGGCAACUUAUACGUGCGUGGCAAAGAAUCAAGAGGGUUACUCGGCACGUGGUUCACUGGAAGUGCAAGUUAUGGUGCCGCCACAUGUGGUGCCCUUUAGCUUUGGCAGCGAGGUAUUCAACAUGGGCGAUGUUCUGAGCAUUAAUUGCGUCGUGCUCAAGGGUGAUUUGCCCUUGGAAAUAUUUUGGACUCUGAAUGAUGAGACCAUUGAGACAGGAGUGAAUGGCUUUAUGGUCAUUAAACUGAAUAGUCGCACCAGUUACCUCAGCGUGGAUAUGCUCGAGGCCAAGCAUCGUGGGGUCUACAGCUGCAUAGCCCAGAACCAGGCGGGUCAUGCCAAAUACAGCGCUGAAUUGCAAGUUAAUGUGCCACCCAGAUGGAUACUCGAGCCAACAGACAAAGCCUUUGCCCAGGGCUCCGAUGCCAAGGUUGAAUGCAAAGCCGACGGUUUCCCCAAGCCCCAGGUUACAUGGAAGAAGGCAGUUGGCGACACACCCGGCGAGUACAAGGAUCUCAAGAAGAGCGACAACAUUCGCGUAGAGGAAGGCACUUUGCACAUUGACAACAUUCAGAAGACCAACGAGGGCUACUAUCUGUGCGAGGCCAUCAAUGGCAUUGGUUCGGGCCUUUCGGCUGUUAUUAUGGUCAGUGUUCAGGCGCCACCAGAGUUCACAGAGAAGCUGCGCAAUCAGACCGCGCGUCGCGGCGAACCAGCUGUGCUGCAGUGCGAGGCGAAGGGCGAGAAGCCCAUUGGCAUUUUGUGGAACAUGAACAACAUGCGCCUGGACCCCAAGAACGACAAUCGCUACACCAUUCGCGAGGAAAUACUCUCUGCUGGCGUUAUGUCUAGUCUCUCCAUCAAACGCACCGAACGCUCUGACUCGGCUCUAUUCACUUGCGUGGCCACCAAUGCCUUCGGCUCGGACGAUGCUAGCAUAAAUAUGAUUGUGCAGGAGGUGCCUGAAAUGCCAUACGCUUUGAAGGUGCUGGAUAAGUCUGGUCGCUCCGUUCAGCUGAGUUGGGCACAACCCUACGACGGCAACUCUCCACUGAAUCGCUAUAUCAUUGAGUUCAAGCGCUCGCGUGCCUCCUGGGAUGAGAUCGAUCGCGUCAUGGUGCCCGGCCAUACCACCGAAGCACAAGUACAGAAACUGAGUCCUGCCACCACCUACAAUAUUCGCAUCGUGGCCGAGAAUGAAAUCGGCUCCUCGCAAUCGUCGGAGGCUGUCACCAUCAUCACCGCCGAGGAGGCACCCUCGGGCAAGCCACAGAACAUCAAAGUCGAUCCCGUGAAUCAGACAACGCUGCGCGUCAUGUGGAAGCCACCAGCACGCUCCGACUGGAACGGCGAGAUACUGGGCUACUAUGUCGGCUACAAGCUAUCCAACACCAACUCGUCCUACAUCUUUGAGACCAUCAAUUUCAUCACCGAGGAGGGCAAAGAACACAAUUUGGAACUGAACAAUCUGCGCGUCUACACUCAGUACUCGGUGGUGAUUCAGGCCUUCAAUAAGAUCGGCGCUGGUCCAUUGAGCGAUGAGGAGAAACAAUUCACUGCCGAAGGCACGCCCAGCCAGCCACCCAGCGACACUGCCUGCACGACUCUGACCUCGCAAACCAUUCGCGUCAGCUGGGUGAGCCCGCCACUCGAGUCGGCCAAUGGCGUCAUUAAGACCUACAAAGUUGUCUAUGCGCCCAGCGACGAGUGGUAUGAUGAGACCAAACGCCACUACAAGAAGACUGCCUCCUCCGACACCGUGCUCCAUGGCCUGAAGAAAUACACCAACUAUACCAUGCAAGUUUUGGCCACCACAGCUGGAGGCGAUGGUGUUCGCAGCGUGCCCAUUCACUGCCAGACCGAACCUGAUGUUCCUGAAGCACCCACCGAUGUGAAGGCUCUGGUUAUGGGCAAUGCCGCCAUUUUGGUGUCCUGGCGCCCACCAGCACAGCCCAAUGGCAUUAUCAUCCAAUACACUGUCUACUCGAAGGCUGAAGGCGCCGAGACCGAAACGAAGACCCAAAAGGUGCCACACUAUCAAAUGAGCUUCGAGGCCAGCGAACUGGAGAAGAACAAGCCGUACGAAUUCUGGGUCACUGCCAGCACCACCAUUGGCGAGGGCCAGCAAUCCAAGAGCAUUGUGGCCAUGCCCAGCGACCAGGUGCCCGCCAAAAUCGCAUCAUUCGACGACACUUUCACUGCCACCUACAAGGAAGACGCUAAGAUGCCUUGCCAAGCCGUUGGAGCACCGCAGCCCGAGAUUACCUGGAAGAUUAAGGGUGUCGACUUCAGUGCCAACGAGCGCAUGCGUCUGCUGCCCGAUGGCUCAUUGUUGAUCAAGUCCGUGAACCGUCAGGAUGCCGGCGACUAUUCGUGCCAUGCCGAAAACUCUAUUGCCAAGGACUCAAUUACCCAUAAGCUGAUCGUCCUGGCACCACCUCAGUCACCACAUGUUACGCUCUCGGCCACCACCACCGAUGCACUGACCGUUCGAUUGAAGCCUCAUGAGGGAGACACUGCACCACUGCACGGCUACACCUUGCACUACAAGCCAGAGUUCGGCGAGUGGGAGACAGCUGAGGUCUCCGUGGAAUCACAGAAACACAACAUUGAGAAUCUGCUUUGCGGCUCACGCUAUCAGGUCUAUGCCACUGGCUUUAAUAAUAUUGGCGCCGGCGAAGCUUCCGACAUUUUGAACACGCGCACCAAGGGCCAGAAGCCCAAGCUGCCAGAGAAACCACGAUUCAUUGAAGUCUCAUCCAACUCGGUUUCACUGCACUUCAAGGCCUGGAAGGAUGGAGGUUGCCCCAUGUCUCACUUUGUUGUAGAGAGCAAGAAACGUGAUCAACUUGAAUGGAAUCAAAUCUCGAAUAAUGUUAAGCCUGACAAUAACUACGUUGUGCUCGAUCUGGAGCCCGCCACCUGGUACAAUCUACGCAUCACUGCCCACAACUCGGCUGGCUUCACUGUCGCCGAAUAUGAUUUCGCCACACUCACUGUGACCGGAGGCACAAUUGCGCCGCUCGAUGAUGGCACGGGUCAUGGCAAUGUCCACGCCCGCAUACCGCUGCCCGCCUGGAUGCCCGAAUGGCUGGAUCUGAACUUUAUGGUGCCACUGAUAGCCACCGUCGUCGUGGUUGCCGUUGGCAUCUGUGUGGUCUGCGUGGCGCUCUCGCGCCGACGAGCCGACGAUCUGCGCGGCGGCCAAAAGGACGUUUACUACGAUGUAGUUUACAAUCAGACAAUGGGACCCGGCGCCACUCUGGACAAGCGUCGCCCGGACUUGAGGGACGAGCUCGGCUACAUUGCCCCACCGAACCGCAAGCUGCCACCGGUGCCCGGCUCCAACUACAACACCUGCGACCGGAUUAAGCGAGGCCGCGGCGGUGUACGCUCGAAUCACUCCACUUGGGACCCGCGCCGCAACCCGAACCUAUACGAGGAGCUGAAAGCCCCGCCAGUACCCAUGCACGGCAUUGGCAAUCACUAUGGCCACGCCCAUGGUACGCCCGAGUGCCACUAUAGACAUCCAGGCAUGGAAGAUGAAAUCUGCCCUUAUGCUACAUUCCAUCUGCUCGGCUUCCGCGAGGAAAUGGAUCCCACCAAGGCCAUGAACUUCCAGACCUUCCCGCACCAGAAUGGACACACUCCCGUACCCGGACAUGCCGGCACCAUGCUGCCCCCUGGCCAUCCUGGACACGUACACUCCCGUUCCGGCUCUCAGUCCAUGCCACGUGCCAAUCGCUAUCAGCGCAAGAACAGCCAAGGUGGACAGUCCUCGAUCUAUACUCCUGCACCCGAAUACGAUGAUCCCGCUAACUGUGCCGAAGAAGAUCAAUAUCGUCGCUACACUCGCGUCAACUCUCAAGGCGGCAGCUUGUACUCUGGCCCCGGACCCGAAUAUGAUGAUCCCGCCAAUUGCGCUCCUGAGGAGGAUCAGUAUGGCUCUCAGUAUGGCGGUCCCUAUGGACAGCCCUACGAUCACUAUGGAUCUCGCGGCUCCAUGGGCCGUCGCAGCAUUGGCUCGGCACGCAAUCCAGGCAACGGCUCACCUGAGCCACCACCACCACCACCACGUAAUCACGACAUGAGCAACUCCUCGUUCAACGACUCCAAGGAGAGCAAUGAGAUCUCAGAGGCCGAAUGCGAUCGCGAUCAUGGACCACGCGGCAACUAUGGCGCUGUAAAAAGAUCACCACAACCGAAAGAUCAACGCACCACCGAAGAAAUGCGUAAACUAAUCGAGAGAAACGAAGCCGGCCCAAAACAACUCCAACUCCAACAAACAAAUGGCGCAGGAUUCACAGCCUACGAUACUAUGGCAGUGUAAUUUGUAAGCUACUCUCAGUGGGCGUGGCAUUUUAGCUUAGUGUUUCAAGUCAAUGAAGUGCGUGGAAGUUGAAUGACACAAACACACACACACACUUACACACAUACAGGCACACACAUGCACAUGUGUGUGUGAGUGUGCCAAGUCUUAUUUGAAGAAAACGAAAACAUCACAGAAGUAAGCAAAGCGCAUAAGGCGCAUACAUACAAUAUAUACACAUACACUUACACACACAUAUAUAUAAAAUAUUAACUAUUUC